CAUAUAGCUUAAAAAUAACAUAGCUUCGAAGAUAGUCAACAUCGACAUGUGGAAAUUUUUUUCAAUAGAAUGUAUAAAGUCUAUUGGAAUUUCCAACAAAGUAUUGAAUUGGAAUAUAUUUAAAAUUCAAUUAGGUACAUCACAAGCCUGUUUUGCACAGCAGCAGUUAUUUUAUAGUUCUUCUGCAGCAAAACAAGGAUCAAAUGUGCUUCAAUCGCCACUUGAACCUCAAAGUCCACCUAAACCUCCAGAAAUUAGCUCCUUUGUAAAGAAAGCAUCAAAAUUUUCUAGAAGAAGAGAUGCCAAAACUGCAUUUUCAGUGGAAAAGUUGGAAGAAACUUUAAAAGAGUUAGAAGAAAAGGUUGAUUACAGUGAUAAUAUGCCAGUACCAAAUAUGAUCAAUCCAUAUGAGGAACAACAGAAAAGAUGUAUAUUAUGUCAGUAUAGUGUCAAAUUAGAUUAUAAGAAUGGUAGAAUACUAAGUCAAUUUGUAUCACCAAAUACAGGAAGGAUAUAUGGUCGUAAAAUAACAGGUCUCUGUAUACCAAUGCAGAGAGAAAUAUCAAGAUUAAUAAAACAAUCACGAACAUUUGGAUUUAUGCCAUAUACAUACAAGAAGACUGAAUAUCUUAAAGACCCAUUGCUGUUCAGUAGAUUUAGGAGUUGAAUGAACUGAUAUUCAUUUAAUUAUUUUAUUAUAUGGACUAGUAGUGUGCUUACCUUCUGAAUAUACUUAAUAAAAACUAGAAAACUAA